AUGAACGGACGGCUGGUGAAUGUGAGAAAGAAUCUUGUCCGAUUUUUGCUUCAGGUUCGAGGUCUGGCACGUUACAGAGCCACAUACUUCUGGAUGGAUGCUCUUUGCGUCGACCAGACCGACGAUGAAGAGCGUACGCACCAGGUCGAGAUGAUGGCAUCGAUUUACAGCAGCGCAAUGCAAGUCUUGGUGUGGCUCGGGCCCUCGUAUUCUGGUAGCGAUCUUGCCAUGUCGACCCUUGCGCGUAAUGGCAAGGUGUGGACAGAGGCCAAGAUGAACAGAUUCUGGUCGAUCGCCGAAGGCACCGGAUUUCGUGGCCUGUGUGAACGGCGCUACUGGACCAGGCUGUGGGUGGUCCAAGAGCUCGUGCGUGCGAAAGAAGUCGUUAUGUGUUGCGGAUCAAAGCUGGUCUCAUGGUCGACCUUCGAGUCAUUCCUUUCCAGCGCUCAUCGAUACUGUCCCUCGACUCGGCUUGGGAUCAUUACCGAUUACACGGCGACCAUGGGCAGUAAUGCCGUAGCCAUGGUCAGGCAGAUUCGCGACAUCAACGCGGAGGCGACCCUCUUCAAGCGAAUCGUGUCAUUCGGUCAUCUCGAAUGCCUCGACCCGAGAGACAAGGUCUAUGCUUUACUUGGUACUGUGCAAGACGAUCCUGAACCAAUCGUCCCAGACUACACUAUUGGUCUUGCGGCUCUGUUGAACACCGUCAUACAGAAUUACGAUCGUGACCGGCCUGGAGUCAGGCUUCAAGAUUGGAAAGAGCGAUGUGAACAGCUUGCAGAAGCGAUAGGAGUGGACCCGAACCUGAUUUUCCUCCCGGAAUCUGCCAGUACCCAGCCGACCAAACCAUCUUUGCAAGAGCUACAAGACUGUUCCCUCGAAGAUGAAGCAAGUGGGAUAUCACUUUGGUGGACAACGCACUACAAGCAUGAGCGUGCCACUCAUCUGUGGUCGGAAGCUCACGGUCGUGCCCAGAUCAGCGCUUUGUUCGCAUCUGCCGCAGCGUUCGGCAGUAAGGCUGCAUGCGAGUUGCUUGUCCAAAUUGGCAAGGUUGACCUCAAUCAUAUAGAUGCAGAGCUACGGACCGCGAUGCAUCGUGCAGCCGAGAAUGGCCACAGUCACAUCGUCAAAUACCUGAUGGAAGACCUUGGAGUUAGGGUCGACGUGCAUGGCUUUCAUGGAGCGACGCCAAUGGGUGCGGCUGUGCAUCGAGGACACGCUGACAUUGUGCGCAUGCUUUUGGCCAAAUCGAGCGGCAAGAUUUGGAAUUUAAAGUCUUACAAGUUGCUUCUCGCGCACGCCGUGAAGCGUGGACACUCAUCAAUGUGGACCUAUUUGACCGAGGUUGGCAAGGAACAAGACUUCGAGCCGUUCGAUCAAGCGACUUUGCGUGAAUUCGCCUUGCUCGCCGUGGAGAAUUGUCACAUCUUAUGCCAGGCUGGGAAGAAGCAGGAAAUACAGCCUUCCAGUCAAGCGUCUUUGCAGGAGUCGGCAUUGCUGAGCGUGGAGAGUGGUCAUGACAGCUUGAUGACCCAUUUGGUCCCCAUUGCCGCUUGUCAGCCACCUGCUCGGCUGAAGAUACUCAAAGAUGCCGUUGCUCAUCGCAGCGAUCGUUUGAUCCUGGCCCUUCUUAAUGCUCUUGGCUUUCCCAUACCGCGCGACUUCCAAGACCUACUCGAGAUCGCUGCUCGGCGGCCACGUACGACUGGCCUAUCUCAAUUACUACGCGUCGCCUUAUUCGAGUACGCUGAUCGGAAGCUGUCCUCCAGGCCAUGCGGAAUAGCAGCAUACGAAGGCAACUUACCCGCCCUCAGAAUUUACCUCGAUCAUGCUCAGACGCAUGGGGAUCGCCGCACACUCGAGAAUUUUGCGCAAAAAGCGCUGCUCGAAGGCGCCAGGGGCGGUCAGGUUGGAAUCGUGGAUUUCAUGUUGCGCACCCAUUCCGAGAUCCUCAAUGUUGACGGGUCGGCUCUCAUCGACGCCCAGUCCCCACUUCACGAACAAGAAGUCCUCAUAGUCGCAAUGCGCCUUGGGGAUCACGCCAUGGUCGACAUGCUGCUUUCGCUAUAUCCCAAUAUCUCACUGGACUUCCGGUCAGGGAACAUGAAAGCAGCCCUGAAUGAUGUCGUAGCCCGUGGCGACGUGGCCACGUACCACACACUCCACGCUACAGGAAGGUUGAUGCCCGAUGAACCUUGGGCGCUGAAGCUGCGGGACUACGAACAAAGCAGAGCCGGUGCCAACAACGGACCUGUUAAUUUUCGCACAGACUCUAUGAACAUGACGGCGGCGUUGAGAGCGUCCCUCGCGUUGUUCAUAGUUGGCGGACCGCGUGAACGCCAUGCUUUCCCAUCGUGGAAUGGCGAGUAA